CUCCCCCAGUGCGUCCUCCCUCCUCCUUUCGCUUUCGUUUCCGCUGCUUCUCUUUCCUUUCCUGCCGGCCUCUCUCCUCCCCUCGCCACUUCAAUCUACCUCCCUUGAACCCUACACACCUCCGCACCUCAGCGUCUUCUCCUGCUCCCUGUUCUGGCCGUGACCCAGGCUUUUAACCUCUGCUGCACAGAGCAUGGACGACGAAGACUGCGAUUCGACUUGGGAAGAAGAGGAAGAGGAGCAGGAAAAGGAGAAGGAAGAGAGGAAGACCAGGGAGGAAGCGAAGCCGAGGCAGCAGCAACGCGGGAACCAGGCUUUCCAGCCCAGAUGGGGCUCUCUUCUUUUCAGAUUCUGCCAAUAUGUGUGGCAAUUCUGCAGCUUUUGGACUUCUUGGUUCAGUUUGUCCUUGAGUUGGGGUUAUCUCAAUCAACAGUUGCAAAUGACUUUUAAUCAACUAAAGAAUCGGAUGAUAGGAUGCCGAAACUGGAGAGCAGUACAGGACAUGCAGAGAUACAGACGUCAAUACCCAGGUUUGACAGAUGAAGAGUCCAAUGAUGAAAUGAUGAAUUUGAAGUUUUAUAAAAAUGAAAUUGCCUUCUUGCCCAAUGGCCAUUUUAUUGAGGACAUCCUGAAGAAAUGGAGAAAGGACUAUGACAGACUAGAGGACAACCACUCUUACAUACAGUGGUUGUUCCCUUUGCGGGAGAGGGGAGUGAAUUGGCACGCGAAGCCCCUGACCCUCAGAGAAAUCCAGGAAUUUAAAAAAUCUGCAGAAGUCAUGAAAAGAUUUGUCCAAGCAUAUGAACUCAUGCUAGACUUCUAUGGAAUUGAACUGGAGGAUCGAGAAACAGGGAAAGUAAGAAAGACUGACAAUUACCAGGAGAGAUUUAAGAACCUUGACUUGCACAGUCACAACAACCUCCGAAUCACUCGCAUCCUAAAGUGUCUGGGCGAGAUGGGCUAUGAACAUUACCAGGUACCCCUGAUCCAUUUCUUCCUGGAAGAGACCCUUGUUCAUCAGGACUUGCCAAGCGUUAAGCAGAGUGCCUUGGAUUACUUCAUGUUCACAGUCCGGAACAAGAAGGAGCGCAGAAAACUUGUCUAUUAUGCCUGGAAAAACUUUAGUCCCCAAUAUAAAUUUGUAUGGGGGCCACAAGAGAAACUUCAGAAAUUUGAACGUGGGAUUCCACCUUCUUCUCUACGGCAGGACUGUCUUGAAGAAGAGGGUUCAACUGGAUCCCAAAAUGAGGUUGGAAUAGAGAAAGACCAAGUUAGGACUCAGGUGAGGGAAGAGAUCGUUAGGGAAGAUACGGUUUCUGAAGUCAAUCAGAUGGACAAGAAAGACCCCAGUGCCAUGCUGCAGAUGUGUGAGAUGAAACAGGGAGAAAGGUCAAAUUCAUCUGAUGAGCAGGAAGAAAAGGUUGCAACCAAGAGUGCUGGGGACCAGGAGCCAAGGCCUCAGAGUCCAAAGGAAAGUAAGAAAAGGAAAUAUGAGGUAAAAAGACUUGAGUCUAGCCAAGAAGAGGAACAAAGCCAGGGCACCUCUGAUGUGGAGAAGAUUGCCCUUAACCUAGAAGAAUGUGCCCUUAACCAGAGCAAUAUGGGGACCUCUAGUGGAUCUGAGGAAAUGGGGAACCUGGACCUGUCAAAGGAGAAGGGGCCAUCCAGCCCUGAGUCCAUGGACACUAAAAUGUCUGAUGAGAUAAAGAGAAGGAAGCUUGAAAAUAAAGCACAAGAAAACAAUAUAGAGACAACAGAGAAUGGGGAACAAACCACUACGUGCCUCCCAAUACCCAAUGGUAUUUCCCACAAAGCGAAGGAAAAAGAAGACAAGAGCAGCAUUGGUUGGGAAACCAAAAGCCUACAAGUAGGGAUUGUAAAACAAGAUGAUAUAGCUAUAACUUCAUCUGGAAAUUCCUCAGGUGACCCCGCCAGUGUCAGCAUGUCUCCUGACCAAUCAGAAGUGCAAGAAUAUGUGCACAUUGAAAAAGGAAAUAUUGACAUAAAUCCUGAACUCAAGAGACCUUGUCCCCUAGAGUCAACAGGUGCUGAAUGUUCAGAUAAAGAAGUCCCACAGAAGGCGGAAGAUGAAACCACAGUGGAAAGACCUCAUUCAGAGUAAAAACAAUGAGCCACCAAACCACAAAUAGGCAAGGAAGGAAUUCAGGACCCUGACCCUAUGGGGCAGGAUUCUGCAAGAUUCUGGGGUUCUCAGCACCUUUUCCAUAGAUAUCUUUGGAACAAAUUGGUUGAGAUUCUUUAACUUUUAAGUUUUUAAGCUUUAAUGGUGUCUAAAGUUCAAGGUAGGAGGAAGACAUGUCAUGGAACUCCUCCUUUGUUCGUUCUGCUAUCUAAGCUUUCCCUGAGUAAGACUGGCUGCUUCUCUUUGCCUGAUAGAUUACAUUUGUGAUAAGCUGUGGAGAAACUGAGAGAAAAAUAAAAUGGGAACCAUUCGAGAAGGAAUACUAAGAUAGAUUUACUUUAAGACUUUGAAAUCCAAGUAAUCAUUUUGAUAAAAGAGGAAAAGUGUUUAUAUCACUUUAAUUCACAUCCAAGAAUAGUGUGCCCAUCCCAUUUUUAUCCAGAGGUUGGAAAGUCUGAAUUUCUAAUGCCCAUGUCAAGACAUUUUUUUUUCCUGAAAAUUCACUCUUGCUUUGAGCUUUUGUUGAGGAUUAAAAGGCCUAGCUAGAUAAAUAGCUGGCACCUCUCCUUAUGAAAGGAUUUUCAUUGAACUUUUUUCCCCCCUCACCUACUAAAAGUAAUUUCAUCCCAUCACAGUGACUUGCCUUUCUCAAGGUGGAAUUCUAAUCUUUACUCUGUUUAAUCUGAGGAGAAGGGAAAAAGAGCAAGUCGUGAAACUUCAGCUAUAGCUCUAUCCCAUGCAGAUACUUGGCAUUUUGAUUUCUUCCCUAUUGGCCUUGGAAUUUUAUGAGACAUCCACUUUUCCAUUUCUGCACUCUGGCUCAGGAUUCUUUCUUGGGUUCUUUUGUUUCAUUUUAUUAUUAAGAGAUUGAGUGAAUCAUCUAUACCUUGCAAUUAAUUCUUCAUGGUAACAAUGAUUCCUUGUCUAGCUUUUGUACUUGUGUUUCUUAGACUUAGACAAAUCACUAAGGAACUCUGGGAUACCCCCUUGACUUUCUGUCACAACUUGAACCACUCUGCAUGUUUUUUUUGAUAUCUAGCUGUCCAUGUAUAUACAUUUACAGAUCCACCUUUGCCAUUUGUAGAUGAAAAUAUUUAUAUCAGUGCCAUCAUCCAUUGCUUUGCCUUCUCCAACCUCCAGUAAAUUAUGUAGAGCCUUCUCACCAGUAUGGACUCAACCAAUGAAGUGGAGAGAGCAGGGGGGUUUCCCACCUCUCUCCUGGUUUAUUAUAGAUAAGAGAGCCUUUAUGAUACCUUUUCUCCUCUCUGUCCUGUACUUUAAUGAACAAGACAUCUCUCCUUGAUGGGAUGGGGAAGGGAAAGGAGUGGAGUGGUCACUUCCCAAUCUGGAAUUUUGAGAGACCUGGCUUGAUUUUGCUUCCAAUUUCAUACAAAGGGCUAGAGUCUCUGCUCAGGUCUGUACUCAACAAGUUGCUCUAGAACUAUAUGUAGUUUUUCACCUACCUCACAGGGUUGUCAUGAAGAAAAGAGAAAGAAAGAAUGGUCCUUUGGGAGCCUUCAUCAUCCCAGCCAUGCAAACCCAGGGCUCAUUGGUACAAUGAGUUCUUUGCCUCUAACAGCAAUUAUAAGAGUGUCAUCAUCAUGCUGUUGGGCUAGGGACUGUAGAGCCUGUGAUGUAACUUACAUUUUCUCUUUCUUGCUAAUUGUUUGGUGCAAUGAGGCUUUCAGUAUUGGGGAGCUGAUACGCAUUGGAUUUUGGCUUCCCAAACUGACUAAAACUGUUCUUUUUUCUUGAUAUGUCUCCCUACUCUCUCAUUUCAAGUUUUGGCCUCUCCUUUUCUGUCUCUCACCUGCAGAAACAAGAAUGGGCAUUUCCCAUAACAGCUAGAAAGAGAAGCCCCUGACCCUUGCUUCUGUCCCAGGGCUUACCUGGGAUGCUAUGAUGAGUAUCCCCAGGGGAUCUUGCUCACCUAGAUCAGUGACUGGUUGAACAAAAGAAAUUUCAGUGAAUCAGAAACUGGGUGUUGUGAGUUGUUUUGUUUGUUUUGAAAGGGGACUAUCAAAAUAGAAUUGAGAUUAUUUUCCCAUGGAUAUUUGGAACUUGUUCAUGAUGUUUUUCUUCCUAAAAGUUAAUGGCUGUGAAAAUGGACUGUGUUUUAAUAAAAAUGUGUUGACUGCCA